CUUCCCGAGAGCUUCCAGUUGUGAUGUGUCUGCCUGCUUUCCCCUGCAAGUCGUCGAAUCUCAACAAGGUGGGCGGCGUGGGUCCGGAUCGGGGAGAGGAGCUGGCGUUGCGGCGGCUACACGAGGUGCUGGGUCGUAUGCAGGAGAUCUACGUCCCUGGGGCAUAUCUCUGCAUCAUCAGUGACGGACAUGUCUUCAGCGACUGCAUCGGCGUCGAUGACACCCAGGUGGACCAGUACGGCGCGCAACUGCAGAACCUGAACCGCGCCAUCGACGACAGCAACUGCCAACGCAUCAGCUUCUUAUCGCUGCCCGACCUCCUCGAAGGCGGGCAGACGGGCAACGACCUCCCCCUCCCAGCCUUGCAGCACCACAUUCCCACCGAUCUGACAGGUGAAUCUGAACUCUGUCGACAGAUGCUGCUGCACAUGUGCGGCUCCAACCCGGACGGCCUCCGCAACCAGAUCCUAAUGCAGGAAAAAAGCGUGCUGGCGCUCUACAGGGGGUUUGCACGCUUCAUGCUCGAAGACUUGGAGGAGCACGCAGUGGCGCGGGGGCUCUCUCGCUCGCAGCGCAAAAGGUUGGCCGAGAAGCUGGCCUUCGAGAUGGUUCUGCGCAACCAGGCGUACUCAAACCUAACGGAGCUUUUUCUGCCGCAUUUUCUGCGAUUGUCCAUUCACGCCCACGCCAACCGCGGGCCAAAAUUUGGGAUCUGCCUUUUUGACCGAGCCACGACCCGCCUCAUCCGCCGCGUACACAGGCUCGCCGACGGCCUCGGGAGCUUUGUCGACGAUGCCUCGCCGCACCAACUCCACAUCCCCACCCCCUGGCAUAACUGUGUAUUGCAGUUCGCGGGACACCAGGUUGUCUGUGUGGCGAAAGCCAAGCUCGUCCGGGAUGCCCUGGCUAGCGGUCAGGUGCGCGGGGAUUGGGUGGCGGCCGAUGUGGCGGCGGGUCGCGGGGCAACUGAUACUUUCGGCAUCGUUCCCUCGGUGGCAGGGAUGAAGACAGCGACAACGGAGCCGCGAAGCAGCAUUUGGUGGGGGUGGACAUAUCUGCGCAGGAUGCGGCGGUUCCUCGACUUUCAGCGCAAAGCUACUGGGGUUUCCUGA